GCGGGGGGCAAUAGCGCGUAAUUAUGCCAGUUGACAAUAAUGGUUAGACGGCUCUACCUUGCCCUCAGUUAACAUGGCGACCUAGUUGCUUCACCGACUUGGAAUCGGCGCCAGGGAGUCUUCCUGCGUCGGGCCGCAGAGCGAGUCGGGAAACGAUUUUAAACUGAGGAGGCGCCGAGGUUUGAGUUGCCGCUUCUCAACGGCGGGAUUUCCGAGCUGGCUUUAGUCCCUGAAGGGCUCAGGUGGAGAGGGGCGAGUUGGGACAAAUUGUCCCUUGCCCUUCCCCUCCGCGGGCAGAAGCCAACUCCGCAGGAACGAGGGUCGCAGAAUUGGGUGGCUCUGUCAGCGGAAAUAUCCCUCCCGGGGUGAAGGCGCAGGGCUUACCUGGCGACGGAGGGCGCGGAGGUCUCCUUACUGGGCGCGUUUGUGUCCAUCGUGAACCCAUUUGUUGGGGAUCGAGAGGGAUUUUGGGAGGGCCAAGGCUUCCUCCGGACGCUCUCGUAGCUGUCACUUUGGCGGCUUUCUUGCUUCAGGGGACUUCAGUCUCGACGUAGUUUUGGACCCGGACUUGAAGCAUGAUUCGUGAGGCUGGAAUGGGUGACAGCGUCAUCACGGCAUUUUAGUGGAGUCAAAUCCGGUAGGGCUUAUUUUGCCUUGAAGUUGGUCCCUGUUGAAAAGCAAUGUGGAAGAAGUAGACCAUGGAUUCUUGUGAUACACCAGAAUCGACUCCUAGACAACGUGCAUCCUCAAGGCUUAAAGAUUACUUUAUAGGUGCCACCCCUCUGCAGAAACGAUUAGAAUCGGUCAGGAGGCAAACCUCUUUUGUCCCAACUCCACCUCGAAGGAAAAUUCCCCAGUGUUCACAAUUGCAGGAAGAUGUUGAUCCUCAAAAGGUUGCAUUCCUUCUGCAUAAACAGUGGACUUUAUAUAGUUUAACUCCCCUAUAUAAAUUCUCCUAUACUAAUCUCAAAGAGUAUUCUAAACUUCUGGGUGCAUUUAUUGCUGCUGAAAAGCAGAAAGGACUUGCUGUAGAAGUGGGAGAAGACUUCAACAUCAAAGUGAUUUUCUCUGCUCUCCUAGGAAUGAAAGGAACACAAAGAGACCCUGAAGCAUUUCUUGUCCAGAUUCUGUCAAAAUCUCAAUUGCCGUCUGAGAAUAGAGAAGGUAAAGUGUUGUGGACUGGUUGGUUCUGCUGUAUAUUUGGAGACAGUCUUCUGGAGACUGUUUCAGAAGAUUUCACCUGUCUACCCUUAUUUCUUGCAAAUGGAGCAGAGACUAAUACAGCCAUGAUUGGAACCUGGUUUCAGAAAACUUUUGACUGUUAUUUCAGUCCCUUAGCAAUCAAUGCAUAUAAUCUUUCCUGGAUGGCUGCUAUGUGGACUGCAUGCAAAAUGGACCAUUAUAUGGCUACUACUGAAUUUCUUUGGUCUGUACCCUGUAGCCCUCAACGUCUGGACAUUUCUUAUGCCAUACAUCCAGAGGAUGCAAAAGCUUUGUGGGACAGUGUCCACAAAACACCUGGGGAAGUUACCCAGGAGGAAGUUGACUUGUUCAUGGACUGCCUUUAUUCACAUUUCCAUAGGCAUUUCAAAAUUCAUUUAUCAGCCACAAGAUUGGUUCGUGUUUCAACAUCUGUAGCUUCAGCACAUACUGAUGGAAAAAUAAAGAUUCUGUGUCAUAAAUAUCUUAUUGGAGUGUUGGCAUAUUUGACAGAACUGGCAAUUUUUCAAAUUGAGUGAGGCCUUGUGGGGACGAUAAGUUAUGGAUUAUAUACCUUUUUCUCACUGAUUAUUUGCCUGAUUCCUGUACUGAGAGGGACUGCAGGAGAAAUGAGCAUCUAUCUCUACAUCUGUUUUCCUCACAGUGCCUUUAGAGUUGCCCAGAUGGAAGCCACGGAGGAUCUCGAAGAACAAAGAAGGUGGUAGUGGAGGA